AGGUCUCGCAGGUCAAGGGGCCGGGAGCAUGUACAUAGCUGGGCGCGCACGUCCUUUGUGGGCUCCCCAACUUCCUCCUUCUGCGCGCCGCCGACGCUCGCCUCCCGCCCCCCCCCCGCGCUGGCCGCCCCCCUGCGGGGCACCCCGCAGGGAUGCCGAAGGUGAACCACCGACGUGGAGGCGGCGGCGACGCGGGCAAGCACAUCUCCUCGUUCGAGGAGGUGAAGGCCCGGAACUCGGGCAAGCUCUCCGCCUACGACAAGGCCAGGGCCAUCCGCAACGGCGACACGGUCGAGGCGGAGUCCGAUGAGGAGGAGCCGCAGCAGGCGGUGCAGAAACCCAGGGGCCAGAGCGGGGUGCAGGGGCUCAUCGCCACCGAGAACCCCAACGCCGUGAAGCGGGACGAGGUGAAGGAGGGCGUGGAGUUGUCCCGGAAGCAGCGGGAGGAGAUCGAGAGGCAGGCCGCCCGGCGCCGGUACGAGGAGCUGCACAAGGACGUGAAGAAGCAGGUCAACAAGAAGGGCGGCAAGGGCGUGAAGGACCCAGGGCAAGGGCGCCUGCGCGCCACGGGCCGCGAGCUCGGGGCGCAGGCCGCGCCCAUCGCGGCGGCGCUGUGCCGCGAGGCGCUGGCGGCCACGGGCGCGGGCGCGGGCGCGCGCCUGCAUUACGCGGAGGUGCUCGGCGAGGGCGCGGAGGGCGCCGCAGUUCUGCUGCACCGGCGCCGGUGGCUGCUGGAGGUGGACGAGGCGACGCGCUUCUCCCAGUGGCGCACCGAGACCGCGGUGGCGCGCCUCAUGAACGGCGUGUCCGUGGACGCGGGCGACCUCUUCGCGGCGCUGAAGCGCGCUUUCCUGGCCAGCCAGGUGGCCUGCCUCGCCGACGGCAAGGGUGUGGCGCAGUGGAUGCACGUGCUCGGCGCCGUGGAGGAACCGACUGCAGGACCCCGUGCAGGCCCGGGCGCUGGCGGGCGAGGCGUGGAGGGCGCUGGCGCCGGCGCUGGCGGAGGAGAGACCCUGAUCUGGGCCGUGCAGACCGCGCACUUCGUGGAGGCGCUGCCCGAGCUCGCCGGUUGGUUGCUCGUCGCUGGGGGGCCCUCGGAGGAGCGGCUGCGGGGCUGGUUGCGGCGGCUCGAGGCCCGCCUCCGCAAGGAGCCUCUGCUGGGGCGCUACGGCCCCGCCGGCGACUCCUCGCAGGUGCGCGCGCGCCACCUGGCGCAGAUCCUGCCUGCGGCCGUAGGCGCCGUUUAG